GCUGCUCCUUACCGUUUGACGCUAAACUGUAUGUGGGAGAGAGAGCGUGUUUUUGCACCGUACUGGUCACGAUUAUGUCGAGCAGGUAAUUAUGUUUCACCGGUACAACUCCUGAGUGUUUCAUCGCACCUGUCUGUCGGUGUUCCCCUCUAAAGACUGAUCAGUGUUUGUCGAUGAACAGCAGCCGAGCCCUUGCUCCGGAGGCUUGCCUAACAAAGUGAGAUAUGGCUGAAAUAAGUGCUGUCAACGCCGGUUUGCCGUCACCGUCCACGAUCAACGUCACCUUCCCGGUCCCUGAGGACUCCAGCACCGCCGCUGCAGCCCCUCCUGCAGCCUCCCUGACCAAAGACGACUACCUGUUUGUGGAGACCAGGCACCCCAGCACCGUCCUGCAGGGCCUCAACAGCCUGCGGCUCAACAACGCCUUCUGUGAUGUGACCCUGUGCUGUGGAGGACAGGAGUUCCCCUGCCACCGCAUUGUGCUGGCCUCGUUUAGCUCUUACUUCCAGGCAAUGUUUUCCACUGACCUGAUAGAGUCCAAACAGGAGCGGGUUGCCAUCAAUGGAGUUGAGCCUCAGAUGAUUGGCAUGCUGGUGAGCUACGCCUACACAUCAGAGGUCUACAUCUCUAAAGCAAAUGUGCAGGCUCUGCUGGCAGCAGCCAACCUGCUGGACGUGAUGGCCGUGCGCGAGGCUUGUUGUCGUUUCAUGGAGAGUCAGAUGGAUGAGAUGAACUGUGUGGGGAUUCACUGCUUCGCCGAGGCCCAUUCUUGUAGGAGGCUGGAGAACAGCAGCAUGGGAUAUAUCCUGGAGCACUUCAGCAGCGUGUAUCAGCAGGAGGAGUUCCUGUCUCUGUGUGUCGACAAGCUGACAGAGAUCCUCGCCAGUGACCAUCUGAACGUGCUCAAAGAGGAGGUGGUGUUUGAGGCGGCCAUGCUGUGGUUGAAUAAAUGUUCCUCUCGCAAACAGAGCUUUGAAAAGGUCCUCGAACACAUCCGGCUGCCUCUGAUCAGCCCUUACUACCUGCACGAUGUCAUCGAGUCCCUGGAUGUGGUGAAGGAGAACCUGAGCUGCCAGAGGCUCAUCUCCGAGGCCAAGGACUACCUGCUGCUAAAGGACCGCCGCGGGGAGCUCUACUGCCCGAGAGCGAGGCCACGCAGGUCCACAGGCACAGCUGAGGUGAUAGUGACAGUUGGCGGGGAGGAUGACAAAGUGGUGCUGCGCAGCGUCGAGAGCUUCAACCCCGUGACCAAUGAGUGGAAGAAUCUGGCGUGCCUCCCGUUCGCUGUGAGCAAACACGGGCUGGUCGUGUCGGACUCCACUCUGUACCUGGCAGGAGGAGAGUUUCCUGACGGGUCAGCCAGCAGGGAGAUGUGGCGCUACGACCCCUGCUUCGACUCCUGGUUCGAGAUGGCGCCGAUGAACGUAGCUCGCUCUGAGUUAGGCCUGGUCAUGCUGGACGGCUUCGUGUACGCCGUUGGAGGAUGGGAGGGCCGCUCUCGUCUGGACUCCGUGGAGUGCUACAACCCGCACACCAACUCGUGGCAGUUCACCGAGUCUGUCAAGAUGGCCGUCACGAGUCCUGCUGUGGUCGCCCUGGACGGACUGCUCUAUGUUACAGGUGGGGCUGUUCUCGAGGACGGCGAUGGAACGGACCUCGCUCAGGUGUACAACCCUAAAACAUCUGUGUGGACAGAGGUGGCUCCCAUGCAGAUCGCUCGCUCCGGUUCAGCCGCCUGUACACUCAAGGGAAAGCUUUAUGUCAUCGGUGGUUGGCACGCCUCGACAGAGAACACGGAUAAAGUCGAGUGCUACAAUCCCAAGACCAACCAGUGGACCAUGUGCGCCCCCAUGAAGGAGCGACGCUACCGGCCCGGUGCUGCUGUGGUGGACGGGAAGAUCUACGUCCUGGGAGGAGAAGAAGGCUGGGACAGGUAUCAUGACACCAUAGAGAGGUACUGUGACGAAACAGACGCGUGGGAGAUCGUCGGGGAGAUGCCCACCAGUCGCAGCUGGCUCAGCUGUGUGUCUCUCCAGCUGAGGAAGGACAUCUGUAUGAGCAGCUGUCCCGAUACGCCGAUCGACAACUGAGCGAGCAAGUCAGGAAGAAACCUUCUGAAGAAAUCUUAUUUGCACCCUCUUUGAGGAAAAGCGCACUGUAGCGCUCAGAGCUGCGGAGAACAGCGAUCUGCAGAGGGAAGCCUAGAAUUGGCAUCCCAGUGUUUGAGCUGUUACUGUUUGCAAAGAGCAAAGUGUUUUUAAAUUGGUGACUGCUCGUGGAGGCUCGCUCACUCUGUCCUUCACGUGUUGACAAAGGAGGCGUCGUACAUGAAGCUAAAGUGUGGACUCAGUGAGAGAUUGAUUAAGGACUCAAUCAGAAGUCUAAACCCACUCUCUGUAAGAUGUGAACAUGUUCAGGGUUCUGUUUUAAUGUCCCAGCACCUGGAAUCUGUGAAGAUCCUCCCAGACAACGUAUUGUAUUUUUGUAUGAUUUAUUAUGUGACGUAUUUAUUGGGGUGUGACAACUUCAAAAGAAACAACGAAACAUUUCACUCAAUCAAAAGAUGCUCUGUGGGCCAAAGAAUCGUCUUGUGAAUAUGUUCAAGCUUACCUGUGAAAAAAGGUGUCUGAAAUGUGCCGUUUUUUUUGUAUUUAAACUUUAUAAGUUCUGAAUGAUUAUCACUACCUGUAAUAUGUUUGAGUAUAUUUUUGUAAUGUAGUGUGCAUCAUGCAUUUUAGUGAUUUUUAAAUGGAGUUAGGUUCUAAUAAAGAUGUUUAAUUCCUUAAUGUGAA